AUGGAGUACUAUUCAUCACGUCAUGAAGUUAAUGUAUUGCAGGACUGUGCCGGAGUUAUCCUGUAUUUGGCAGAAAAGUGCACGCAAGUGUGUUUGGACGCCGUCCAAAUUCUAGGUGGUAAUGGUUAUAUCAAUGACUAUCCUACGGGACGGCUGCUACGAGAUGCUAAAUUGUAUGAAAUAGGAGCCGGUACAAGUGAAGUCCGGCGGUUGAUAAUUGGUCGUGCAUUGAAUAAGGAAUACAUCCACUAA